CCAAACUGCAGGCGCCCCCGUGGGCACGGUGAUCGGCCGCUCGUUCCUCCUCGUUUCAUCUCCCCGUUCCAACAAAACAUUUAUCGGCGAGCAUCGCUUUGCUGAGGCGAGAGUCGGACGAAGGCAAGGAUGAGCGAGAAGACCUCGAACACGCUCGCCCCUCCGGUCACCCACACGGGCCCCACCACCCCCAAGAAAGGCCCGCCCAAGUUCAAGCAGCGAGCGACGCGACAGUUUAAGAGCAAGCCGCCAAAACCUGGCGUCAAAGGGUUUGGGGAUGAGAUUCCAGGAAUGGAAGGCUUGGGAACAGACAUCACCGUCAUCUGCCCCUGGGAGGCCUUCAGCCACUUGGAACUACACGAACUGGCGCAGUACGGCAUCGUGUGAAAGACACGCAACACAUCGCCACCACCGAUUGUCAAUAGCAGCAGCAGCAACAGCAGCAGCACCCAACGCUCGCAACGUGCAAAGGGCACGCGCACGCACGCACGCACGCGCACGCACGCACGCGCACGCACGCACGCACACGCACGCGCACGCACGCACGCACGCAUACCGACCCGUAGGCGCGAGACGUUACACACCCACACCGCACACCGAUGCAUGGGGCGCGCCAACCACCCCAAGAACGCGUUACCCGACGCGGUUGCCCUCACUUAAACUGAGAGUGUACACGCAUACGCACCGAUGCUUCGCACGCACCCCAAGUACACCCCCCCACCCCCCUUCCUCCUCCACGGUUGCCCUCUGGGUCAGGUUAACCUCGAGGCUGAGUCACGUGUGCUUCCUCCUCGAACAACUUUGCAAUGGUGCCAAGAUUCCCAAAGCCGACACUGCCGUUGAGGUUCUGAUUGGUGGACGCGACCGAGAAAGGUUGGGGGUGGGGGCACAAUCGAGUUGACUUACCCAAAAAAUAUAUACACGCGUAAUUAUUUAACUGCAAACAUUUUUUUUAACGUAAAGUCUAAGCUCGGAUGUUUAAUACAUCAGGAAUAUUGAAAGACGAAAUGUGUUCACGUUCGGAGAGUUGUGCGUAUAUAUUUUCGUAUCUCAGAAUCAAAAUAUUUAUUUGUACUGGCGGAAUCCAACAGAUGUCCAGUAGGGGCGGGUCAGAAUGUUACAACACAAUACAAAAACACGAUAGGAGUGAAAAGUAUAAGAAAAGUAAAUAAAUUACUUAAAAAAAAUAUACAUAUAAACUGAAUUAUUUGUAUCCUAUACCGGGUAAAGCCCACUGAGCUAUUACCUUAUUUUUCAGAAGCGACCUGCCCACAAUUGAUAGCUCAACGAAGUGGCUUAUCGUGUGGAUGAAAUGAAUAGCAUCAAAAUAAUCUAAACGCAUCUUUCUAAACAUUUAGACCUAUGAAUCGUCUGACAUUUCAUAACCCGGAAGCUGCCCUCACCCGAACUUCGACAUCCCACACCACCUCACUCAGAGCAGCCCAAUGCCAUCAAGAUUGCUACUGGAACUUGUUGGAGUAUUUUGUUUAAGGUGUAGCCUUUUGAAAUCACCUCGCGGAUAAUAUGAAGGUGCUCGGAUUCCCGCAAAAUGGCAAUGCUAUAUCGUACGACACAAGGCGCACAAUGAUUUUAUCUUCCGUUUUUUGCUAAAUAUCGUUAUAUCGUGAUUAUAAUUGGCCAAUAAUUGUUUUUUUUUCAUAUCGCAUUUCCUGACGAAAUAUUUACGAUUACCCACGAAUUGAACCUUUUGAAAAGUGUUUUGCAGAAUAAUCGAUAACAUGAUGGUACUUCGUUCAACUAUUUAAUCACAUAUUGUGUUACUGCCUGCCUGUUCGUUAUGCACGUUAUCCCUUUUAAAGUAGCAAAGAUUGGAAUACACGUGGCAGGCUUCUGCUGAGUGAACUGCAAUUGCGGAGCUUUUAAUUCAUCUUCAUUAGGGAUGGAGCACAGCAAAACAAAAUAUCGAUGCAAUAAAAUUGUGAAAUACGACAGAUUUAGGGAAACCUGAUAUCGCGAUUAUCGUCAUAUCGUGAAAAUUAAUAUUGUAUCUUGAAAUUGUAUAUUGUGGCAACCAUAUAAUUGGUGAACUCUGGUCAAAUGCUUAUUUCGUGUUGUUCAUAAAUAUUACAGACUCCAUUACGAGCAAUGGUAGUGUUCAGUUUUACUCUGGCUUUGUUAUUUGUGUGGUCGGUUCGAGCAAAGUCCACAUCGGUGAAUGGUUCACAGGUGUUCAUGUAAACAAAUAAUGCCAGAUACGGUUCAUCCAUAGGCUCCAUAGACUGACACAGUACAAUACUGCAUUAAAUCACUUAAACCCAAUCUAACACCUUCUGUAAAUGAUGAGAAACUCGUGGGGCAGAAGAACGAGUGCAGGGUGGAAGCAAGUAAGAGCAAUAAUAGAUAAAUAGACGCAAAAAGGUGAUUUCUGCACAGCCAACUACAGCGGGAUUGUGACCACACAAUCGGUGCUCCCAUCAUGCCUUGCACGUCACGUGGCAUUGCCAUACUACCCGUGCAAUGCUCACCAGCCUUGGUUUAGAACGUUAGACCAGCGACUCGUGAAAAGAGCCGUAAUUUUGGCAAUUUCCUGCGAGUUUUUAUCAUAUAUACGGAGAGCCUGCGAUUUGGUUUACUGUCACCCUUAAGGCAGCAGGCCCAGACUGUAUCCACAGCAAUCAGGGACCCAGAGCUUGGCCACGUGAAGCCCCCAGAAGCACAAGACAAUUAUGGCUUUACUGUACUGAUGAUUCCUAACCAAGAGUGAAACCGGUAUUCGGUGGGUUUCAUUGUCCUCCUGCUGCUGUUUAAAAUAAAUACAACUAAAAUAUG